ACAGGCAGUUUAAUGUGGGUUAUUUAGCUUGUCUUUGUUCUGAUUGGUUGCUCAAAGUUACAUUACUUCAAGUGUUUUUAUCAUCCAUGUGUGAUAAGCUCAUUUUCUGUUGUCUUGUGCAGAUCACUUACAGUUUUGACAGUCAUUUAGCUGCAGACGGACAGUUAUUGUUUAGUUUUUAGGGACAAAUGCAGUCAAACUAUUAGCGUGAACAGCACAGUUUCCUUUCAGUUUUCCUCUUCUGCUCCAUUUGGGACGACAUGAGAGUCUGAAGAGCAGAAAACAUGGUGGAUUCUCCCACUGAUGUCCGUCACUCCUCUUUGGAGUCCGGCCUGUACAACAACAUCCAGGCUCUCCUCAAAGAGACAGGCUGCCAAAAUGCUUCACAGAAAGGAAUGCUGCGAUGGAGCCUCCAGAGGAAGCUGGAUGCCGAUCCAUCCUGCAGCGUUUCAUUGACCAGGCUGCUGGUCAAAGAGCUGGAAAAGAGGCAGGAGAUGAUCCAAAAAACACAAACCUACACGCAUGUCAUCCCAGUGCUGCACACGCUCUACUAUGGGGCUAUUAAGUCAGGUGACAUGAUUCCUGCCAGUGUUUUCCAGACAGUGUACGACCGUUUGAUGCAGUUGCUGAUUUUACCGUCGCCAUACUCCACCGUGGCCAGUUGCACUAUGAGGAGCAUCAAAAUGGAAAUGAACACACCAGGCUCCUUAUACCUAAGGAGAGUCAUUGCAGAGCAGAACUUGAGGAAGGAGCAUCCCGCCUUGCAGGAAAAGGUGUUUGUCCUCGCUGACCCGGCAGUGUUUUCUGCUCCCCUGGAGGCAGCAGUAAGAGCACAUUUGGAGGCGUCCAACUUCCUCAGGGACGCACCAACCCUGGAGAGAAAUGUGCUGCAACGUGUGCUGCAAACGGGACUGGGAACGAACUGCCAAAGCUCCCGACUGGCUCAGGCUCUGGAGGCUUUAGGGGAACCCAUGGUAGAGAAACAUUUCCAGGAAGUGGUUCUCGCCGUGGAGAACAGUUUGAAGCAAGGUGCAGAGGGUCGUGCAAGCUAUCUGAACAAACUACAACACAUCUACAGAGACAUCUUGACCGCCUCUAAAGAAGACGGACCCGGGCUAGAUCCAGGUUCUGUGUGCAGCACUGCCAUGCCCUUCCCAGAGAUCAACUUCCUCUUGUGGAGAGAAGACGAGGAUCUUUGGAAUCUGCUGGCAAAAAUCGCCAGGAGUUCAUGCUCUAACUCCACCAGUGUUGAAGAAGAGAACGACAAAUGGGAAUCAGUCCAGUCUCGAGACAGUGGCAUAGGGAAAGAUCUUAAGGACAGUUAUUGUGACGACACAGCGAAACCUCCGGUCAGAAAUCGUGGGUCAGCAAUCGCCCGGAGAAACGCAUAUAGGACCUUGAAGUCAGCAGACAAACUGAGUCUAGUGAGGGAGAAGAUGGACGCAUUUCCUGGAAGUUCUCCUGUCCUCGGUGAAGACAGGACGCGUCACACAGCGAGGGUCGUGGUACUGGGAGACAAUCGUGUGCUGGGGAGACUUUCCGGAGUCUAUCAAUCGAUCCGAGAAAGAGAGUCAAAAUAUCUCAUUCUGACCAACAAACUGAACAUACGGCUGUACUACAUCCCAGUCACUGAUGGGGAUCCUUCGAUCAGCCAACCCGGAGGCUCAUGUCAGGAUGGAGGCGGAUUGUCUCUCGCCUCCUUAUUGGGAGAAGUGGAUCCGUGGUACAACAGCAACAUCAACAGUCUGGGAGCUGCAAUCUCCAAGCUGACUGGAAAGAAAGCUAAACAUAGCGAGUCACCGGCGCCAAACCUCUAUCUACUGGACACCCUGUGUUACUACCUUCGCUGUGGGACGCAGCCAGUUAACCUGCCACUCUAUUCAGUUAAGAUAACCCGCUCCAGCUCUGACAGGCGUCCUGCAGUGGAGGAUGUGUUUGUGUCCCAUCUGGAGGCCGACAUCCCAGAGUUCAGACACCUCAAAGACAAACUGUUUUCAAAGGAGAUGUCCGUAUGGCAGAGGAAGCAAAAUACGAAAGUCUUAGGGUCAUUCAUCUCCGUCAGUUACACAAAGAUCUCUCUAAGCAAAAGAGAGGUUGUAGAUGGAGAGGCGGCCAUGACAUGUGGCGUGGUGGUGACAUCAGAGCUGGCAGCUUUAACAACAGGUGUAAAUCACCUUGCUGUCAGGUUCUACAGUGUGAACCCGGAAUACAACUCAACGAUCAAAACCAGGACCAUCAGCAUCCGGACGCUGGAGCAUCGAACGCUCUCUGUGUGUUUGGACAGGGAUUCCCGCAGGACGUACACUAACGUUCAAAGGGUAGAGAUUACUCCCUGCUUGGACCCGGGAUGCAACAUCGGGUCCCGAGGCAGUAUGAAUAACUUGAUCGACUUUAGCAAAUAUCUGGACAAAUCCCUGUCGCUGCCCAUCCAAACGUUCACUGGUGUUUCCCUCUGAGCAAUGGAGCUGAAAAAACGCUGCAGAUAAAGCUCUUGUUGCACAAAUUAGUGAGUUCAAAAGUGCAUCGACUUUGUAUCCUAAUUGUAAAUGCUAAAAGGGGAGCUUAAAAUAAAGUAGUACCAACAUUUAUUCUUCUCUAUUUGACAAAAUGCCUUUGUUAUCUUAAUCCCCUAAAACACAUUUUUCUUAUGGCCGUUAUUCAUAAAAUGAGGAUUUUGCUCAACAGUUGCUUUCAAAGCAGCCUGACGGAUAUUUCUGUUUCCUUUAUUCCAGAUAAUGUUGUGGCAUUUACAUCCAUAUAUGAAGUAACUGGGACUUACUAUGCAUUCAUUGAAGUGUGGACAAAUCAACUCAACAGUGAUUUGAUUAUUUGUUAAUGAGAAAAGAUUAAUAAUAAAUCCUUCAUUACAUCUCUAACCAACUUCAUCUACUUGAGUAUUGUUUAAGGUAUAAUUUGAGCGUACUUUAACAAAAUAUUUCCGUUGAUACCGGUGACAGAGUUGUAAGAGAGUCAUUUCUUGUGGGUAUAACUACUUUUAAUUCAGGAUCUGAAUACCUGUAGUAAUUAAAUAGUUGUGGUUAUCCUGGAGGUCAAAACACAUGUCAUGGAGUCAAAUAAUGUAAAUAAACUUUUAAAUGAA